AUGUCGCUCAUUCAUACGCUGGUGGCGAGAGGAACAACUGUUUUGGCGGAGUAUGCGGGGAGGGGCGCUGCUGAGUUGAAGCCUGGUACGUCUCGAUGUCAGCAGGCUUUGCAAUGCUUUCGCAGCGCUUGCAGGACCUCGAAUGGGGAGCAUGAAGUCAUCACAGAGUGCUGCUCUCACUGGAGAUCUGUACUGACAGCUGCAGCCGCUCAAAUCGCGAUCCUCGGAAAGAUUCCGCCAAAUGACAGCAAACUGACAUACGUCUGGCAAGAUCGACUGAUCCACUACGUAUCCUCUGCAGGGGUCAUAUAUCUCGUCAUGGCCGAUGACAGUGUUGGUCGGAGAAUGCCCUUCGCCUUCCUUGCCGAGGUUGAGCGACGCUUCACCAACAUGUUCUCGCCGGACGAGAUCGUCUCGGCCAGCUCUCACUCUCUGGGGGACUUUGAAGCGGAGCUUUCAAAGCUCAUGCACCAAUACACCACCGCUCCACCCGCCGAUCCGCUGAAGCAAGCUCGAAGCGAUCUCGACAACGUCAAAGACAUCAUGGUACAGAACAUCGACUCUAUUCUUCAGCGCGGCGAACGGCUGGACUUGCUGGUGGACAAGACGGAUACGCUGGCUGGGCAGGCAUACGCUUUCCGAAGGGGAGCAAGGAACGUGAGGAGACAGCAGUGGUGGCGCAAUACUCGGAUCAUGGUAUUGACUGGGGUCGUCGGUGUGAUCAUCCUGUACCUCUUCAUCGCUCAAUUUUGUGGUCUCUCGCUGAGCAGCUGUCGCUCAUGA